AUGAUGCACAGCAGAGUUCUGGUUCUGGGGAUCCUCGCCCUGAGCACCAUGCUCAGCCCCUGUCGGGGUGAAGACGACAUUAAGGUUGACCAUGUUGGCAUCUAUGGUAUAACUACCUAUCAGUCUUAUGGACCCAAUGGCCAGUUCACAUUUGAAUUUGAUGGUGAUGAGGAGUUAUAUGUGGACUUGGAUAAGAAGGAGACAAUCUGGAAGAUUCCUAAGUUUAGCCAACUGACAACCUUUGACCCACAAGGCGGACUACAAAAUAUAGCUACAGUAAAACACAACUUGAACAUUAUAACUAAGAGGUCCAAUUCUACCCCAGCUAUCAAUGAGGUUCCUGAAGUGACAGUAUUCCCCAAGGCCCCUGUGUUGCUGGGUCAUCCCAACACCCUCAUCUGCUUUGUGGACAAGAUCUUCCCUCCUGUGGUCAACAUCACAUGGUUGAGAAACAGCAACUCAGUCACAGAUGGCAUUUAUGAGACCAGUUUCAUCUCCAACAGCGACCAUUCCUUCCAAAAGAUGUCCUACCUCACCUUCAUCCCUUCUGACGAUGACGUCUAUGACUGCAAGGUGGAGCACUGGGGCCUGGAGGAGCCAGCGCUGCAACACUGGGAACCCGAGAUUCCAGCCCCCAUGUCAGAGCUGACAGAGACUGUGGUCUGUGCCCUGGGAUUAUCUGUGGGCAUCGUGGGCAUCGUGGUGGGCACCAUCUUCAUCAUUCAAGGUCUGCGAUCAGGUGGCUCCUCCAGACACCCAGGGCCCUUAUGAGCCCCACCCUGGAGAGGAAGGUGUGUGGUCCUCUCAGGGCAGACGUGAUGUGCUAGACGACCUUGCACAGGGUAUUUCCUGACCCAAUUCAUCAUGCUCUUUGCCUUCCCCAAGUGUCCUCCAUCCCACUCUUCUCUUGGUCCUGAGUUUUGUCUUUUGGUGUCUUUCACAUCUCAUCUACUGUAGACUCUCAGUGACCCUGACUCAGUAGCUGCACAAAACCAAUAA